UCAAACUAUAGAAUCUCUCCUCCCACAAAAGAGGACAAAAACAAAAACAAAAACAAAACAAAAAGUCCCAUCUCUCUUGCCUCCACAAACACAAUGGCGAACGCGGCGUCGGGAAUGGCGGUGGAAGAUGAAUGUAAGAUCAAGUUUUUGGAGCUAAAAUCGAAAAGAAACUAUAGGUUCAUAAUAUUCAGGAUAGAUGGACAACAAGUGGUGGUGGAAAAGCUGGGAAGUCCCGAGGAGAACUACGACGAUUUCUCCAAUUCCCUACCUGCCAAUGAGUGUCGCUAUGCUGUCUUUGACUUUGACUUCACCACUGCUGAGAAAUGCCAGAAGAGCAAGAUCUUCUUCAUAGCAUGGUCACCGGAUUCAUCGAGGGUGAGGAUGAAGAUGGUGUAUGCGAGUUCAAAAGACAGGUUCAAGAGAGAAUUGGAUGGGAUUCAAGUGGAGUUACAAGCCACGGACCCGAGUGAGAUGAGUUUCGACAUCAUCAAAAGCCGAGCUCUGUAGGUUCAUUUAUGCCUGAUUUCUUAUAAUAUAUCCAUCCACAAAUGAUCCAUCAUCAUCAUUUAAAUUAAAGAACUUCUCCAUGAAAUUUAGUAACUUUCUUGCAUGGUUUCUUUCAUCCUUCUCCAUCUUGAAUAUUUUCUCUCUUUUUGUUUUACAUUUUAAUUACGUGGGUUUAGUACUUUGCCUUUCGAGAAGAUUAAAACCAUGUAGCUUCUUGUGUAAUAGUUGCAUACUUUGGUUGUAAAAUAAAAUAUUUUACUUCUCUAUCGCAUUUUUUAAACAAGUCGAUAUGUCUGAGCGAGACAUAUCCGUUAUCGCUAGUCCCAAAUGAAUGUGCUCAACCCGCGUAACUCAAUUAUAGCGCUAUGGGUUUAAUACUUUGCCUUUGGAGAAGCUUAAAACGAUGUAGCUUCUUGUGUAAUAGCUGCAU